CACGCUCUUUAGCGUCAGAUUGCUGAACUGAGCAUGUCAGUUGUGUAAAUAUGGCAUAAUAUCUGUCGUUAUAAGUUCAUAUAACGCGAAGGGAUCUGUUAUGGGAACGAAAAAAUCGAAUAGCUAAUGUAGAUACUUAGUAGCAGAUAGCUGGCAUGUAUAGUUAGUACCCGUUUAUUUUCUGUUGGCUAACAACGUUCUCAUAUUUCUCAAUUUGCUAGCUAGCUGUCUACCUAGUUGGUAAGUAGUAUAUCUAAAACUAACUAAGUUAAGAACAAGGAGUCAUUGAUAUCCGAGCAAUGUCUGUGCAUUUUGAGGAAAAAAGCGGUAUCGUCCCCUGCCAAACACCAUGGGGAGUGUGGUAUCAAACGAUGGAAGACGUUUUCAUUGAAGUAAACGUGCCACCGGGGACGUCUGCCAAAGAAAUAAAGUGUGUCCUCGAAAGUAAACAGAUACAUCUAUCUGUAAAAGGAGUUGAAAUAUUGAAGGGGAAAUUAUUUGGCACCACUGUUGCUGAUGAAGGAACUUGGACCCUGGAGGACAGGAAGCUGAUCCGGAUCAUUCUGAUGAAGACGAACCGGGAGGCGGGGAAUUGCUGGCAGUCUCUGCUGGAAGGGGAAUACUGUGCCAAUGCCUGGGUCCAAGACCAGAUGCAGAGGAAGCUAACUCUGGAGCGGUUUCAGAGAGAGAAUCCUGGAUUUGACUUCAGUGGCGCAGAGAUUUCUGGGAACUUUGCUGGAGGUGGGCCAGACUUCUCAAACUUGAAGUGAAAAGAUCAUCUUUUAAGAUGUUACACUGACAGACUAAAGCAGACAUGCAAAGAAGUCUUUUUUUCCUCUACUGUCCCAUGAGGGGGAAUUAAAAUGUGCUCCAGUUCUGAACACAACCUGAAAACUUCUGCCAUGACAUUGUGUUCUGUGAACUUUUGGAGCGGAAUAUUAGGAGUAUGGUUAAAUAUGCAUUUGAGACACAAGACUUAGGGUCAUCAUUGUAUAGGACAGGCAGAUUUUAACGCCUCGUUUAUAGUUCCAGUACCACACCAUGAGCCUUGUGUGAAAAAAGUUGUAUAGUAUUCUGCAACCUUUCCAAGGACUCUUAAGCCAAAAGGCACCCAUGUGAAAAUGGGUCUGCAGCCGAGAGCUAAUGCACAAUGCAUUUAUUUUUCUGAAACUACAUUAGGUAGUUUGGUCACGUGUGGAUCUGCCACUACAGAUGCAUAUGUCCAACAUAAGCUCAGGUUUAAACCCUUCAGCAUAAAACAUUUUAUCCAACAUGUAGUUCCGAGAAUUUCUCAUUUAUCUACAUUUUGCAUCAGUAGAGCUGUGGCCUUUUCAAAUCUUGAUUUCUAAAAAUUUCUGUUUUUUGCACAUUCAAGUCAAGAAUGCAUUCGUAUAGGUAUUGGUUAUUACCCUUCAAACUUGACAGCUGCAACAUGCAUAUUUAAGGCUGUUCCGCUACUACCUGGGAGUGUCAGGGUCUGUGGAUUUGCAAUAAAUGGCUGUUAAAGGUGAA